CGCCACGCGACUGUGCGUGAUGACGUAAGGUGUACGCAGCGCUCUGGCUCUCGGAAGAGAGGAGGCAAGUUAGCUUUCAGAAAACCGGACUAAAAUGAUGCAAAAAACGAGUGUUUAGAUACUACAUAACCAUGGAGACUGAUGCAAACUCCUUCCACGUGGAGUUCCCGGAUUUUUCCUGCUCGCUCCUGAAGAAGCUGAACCAGCAGCGGCAGAGAGGGCAGCUGUGUGACCUCAUCGUGUCCAUCGGCGGCCAUCAGUUUCGCGCCCACCGCGCGGUUCUGGCCGCCAGCUCUCCGUACUUCUGCGAUCAGGUGCUGCUGAAGAACAGCGCGCGUGUGGUGUUGCCGGACGUCAUGCAUCCGUGUGUUUUCGAGCAGCUCCUGUUGUCGUGCUACACCGGAGGGCUUUCGGUGCCAAGCGGAGAGGUGGUUUCCUUCUUAACAGCCGCGAGCUUCCUGCAGAUGUGGCAUGUGGUGGACAAAUGCACUGAGCUUCUGGAAGUAGGGAAGAAAAAACGGAUCAACCAUGGAUCGUCUCCAAAAGGUGAUGGUUAUGCCACUGAUAAUGAGGACUCUGGUCAGACUGCAGGUCAAGGAGAAGAUCUAGCCGAUCUAGAUCCCACUUUAGGUCCAGGGACGUUAGAAAGCGCCGGUUGUUCGUCUCCAGAUGAUCCGAGCAGCGAGAAUGGCUCGGAUGCAACGGAAAACCAGUGCUCUAGACGAGCCUAUGUGCCGCCGAGCAUAAUGGGACACAGAAAGAAGGUGCAUAUAAAAUCAGAAAGGCAGAGUCGAGAUGCUUGCGGCGGCACCGAACACGCCGUAAACGAUUCAGACGAAAACUCUCACAAUCCAAACAUAGCAGAGGAUUGUUUCGAUGAGAAACUGGUGGAGUGCUUGGAUCGGGAUUGCUCUUAUGAAGAGCCGUUAGACUUCUACGGGACCUCCAUGGAGGGCUUUUCGCAAGCCUCGGAUGAGCUUUCCAACCCACCGUCCAGGGAUAAACUUCAGCUCGAAGGAGGUGCUGAUGUUUCUAAAGAUGAGACGCCGGUCGACGGCGGCUUAAAGGAGCAGACCUCUCACUCAGGCUUCGCUUCAGUGGUUUACAAGCUCUAUCCGUGCCAGUGUGGCAAAAGUUUCACGCACAAAAGCCAGAGGGACCGGCACAUGAGCAUGCAUUUGGGUCUGAGGCCGUUUGGUUGCGCCGUUUGCGGCAAGAGCUUCAAAAUGAAGCAUCACCUGGUGGGCCACAUGAAGAUCCACACGGGCAUUAAACCCUACGAGUGCAGCCUGUGCUCCAAACGCUUCAUGUGGAGAGACAGCUUCAACCGACAUACCUCCACAUGCGCAAAGGCCCAUCAGACCCGACGGUCCUCCCAAAUCUGCUAGUGCUCCUGCAGGAACCUCGUAGGAAUGUUUGAGAAACCUCAGCAUGGAAGCAUCCUUUACCUGAAUGCCAAACUAGCCACUGUAUACAGUAGGAUUAUUUUAAACAAGCACCUCAAUUUUGAACAGAGGCCUUCUGUUCGGUUCAUUUGUUCAGGUGUAAAGUACCGGUCAAAAGUUUGGAAUAAUUACAUUUUUUAAAUGUUUUUAGAAGACUUUCUUAUGCUCACCAAGGCUGUGUUUAUUGUUCAAAAAUACUGUAAAAGCAGUAAUAUUGUGAAAUAUUAUUACAAUUAAAAAACUGUUCUCUGUUUGAAUAUGUUUUAAAAUGUAUUUAUGCCUGUGAUGAAAGCUGAAUUUUCUAAUAUGCUACCAUAUAUUACCAUUUAAAAAAAAAAAUUGAAAUGAAUACUUUUAUUCAACAAGGAUACAUUCAAUUGAUCAAAAGUGACAGUAAAGAUGUUUGUAAUGUUACAGAAGAUUUCUAUUUCAAAUAAACGCUUUGAACUUUCCGUUCAUUUAAGAAUCCGGAAAUAAAUGCAAUGUGGUUUCCACAAAAAUCAUAAUUGAUUACAACAUUGAUAACAACACUAUAAUAAUUGACAAUAAUUGGUCAGCAAAUCAGCAUAUUAGAAUGAUUUCUGAAGGAUCAUGUGACACUGAAGACUGGAGUAACGAUGCUGAAAAUUCAGCUUUGCAUCAUAAGAAUAAUUUUUUUUUUAAAUACAUUACAAUAGAAAACAGUUGUUAAAAAUUGUAAUGCUACUUCAUAAUAUUACUGUUUUACUGUAUUUUUAAUGAAAUAAUGCAGCCUUGGUGAGCAGAAGAGACUUCUUUAUGACAACAUUUAAAAACAUAUUUCAAACUUUUGACCGAUCUUCGAAUGAUGUAAAGUCAACACGAAGUCAAAAUGGACUCUUCUUAAUAGAUGUUGUUGUAGUAAAAUGCCAUUUCAUGUUGACUUCAAUGUUAUUCUAAUGUCUCAGAAUGAUAUCUGAAGGAAACAAUAUGACCACAUUCUAAACAAGACACAAGAGCCUUGAAUGCUGUCAUAAUAUUCAGGUUUAAAAACUCACUAAGCGCUUUGGAGUUUUAACAAGGUUUAUCUUAUGUAAAUAGAAAUAUUCCCCGAUGCAGCAUUAUGCUGGAUUUCAUUUGCUUUAUUUGAGCUGGAUUCAGUGUUUGGCAUCAACUCUCUGUAGUCAGAGCGUUUCCAACAGGAUUUCACCGAGAACGGCGCUUGUUUCAGCUGCUAAUCCAUUUUAUGCUCUAAAAGUCAACAGAUUUAUUAGGAGGAUUUUGAAGGGAAAAAGUCAAAUAAAAUCUUACAUAAUGCUGCAUUAAUGGCAUUGACAUUUUCAUCUCCUUCUGCAAACAGUGUUCUUGUAUGUGAUGUUCAUUUUGUCAAAUGUUUUUAUAAUGUGCCAUAAUUGUAAAAUAUUUUAAAUGUCAUCUCUAUAUGGGCGAAUCUUAUAAAAAAUAUGUCCAAGUCAUAUCUCACACACACACACACACACACAAAAUGUGUGAAAUAUGACAAUGACAUGUUCUUGAUAGGUUUUUAAAAUUCAUCUAUAUAGUAUUGAAGUAAAGUGGAUUUAAGAGAGAAAUAUCAAAGCACAGCCACCUGUAAAUAUCAAAUAUCAGUGAAAUGAGAACACAUCUUUAUUGUUUUACUUCACAAAGCCAUUUCAUGCAAAUGUCAAAAGAGCACAAAAAUCAAUUCUAAAAAAGUGAAAGGGCUGUAAAACUCUUGUAGAAAAGCAGCUGGGUGUUUACUUGUAUUAUUUUCUGAAUCUAAUGUCCAGAAUGUGCCAUGAAUGGAUGGGUUGGAUGUCUGGCUUUCAGUAGUCUGUUAUUACGGUCUGUUUGUGAAUUAACUGCAAACCUCGGUUACAACUAUACCUCAGAUGCUGUGGUAUUCAGUAGUUUGAGAUGGUGCAUGGAAUUUAAUUAGUGCUGAAUUAGAACAAAAUGUAAGCUAAUAUUAUUAUAGUUUUAGAUUAAAAAAUAAUAAUAAAAAUAGGGCUUUUCUUAGAAUAUUGAAUCAUUCCUGAAAGUGUUGUAAGCUAGUAUAACACUCUAAAGAGCAUUUCAGACAUGUUGUUUUGGCAUUUUCCAAGUAUUGGUAAAUUGUAGUAUGUAAAUAGUCUUUGAAUUAUGUUUUUUUUUUUUUUUAUUAUGAAUGUGAAAAUUUCUAUAUGCCUCAAACAGAACAAACAAGUGACAAUCAUGUAAGCAGAAACAGAAUAUGUGAAAGUUAAGUAAUCAGUACAGUUAAAAAUCACCUCUCAGUAGUCAAAGUCAGACAGAGAAUAUUUAUGGAAAAUAAAUCCAGCCAUGUAUUAAAUUAUAUAUCCAUUCUUUGUCAGUUUUUUUUUUU